UUCAUUAGCGAGGAAAAGUGUAAUCUCAUUGACCGUUCUUUUCGAUAUUCCAAAAUGAAUCCGUCCGAAGCUAAUGUGUUUAGUUCGGGCAUCUCGGGUUGUCUGUCUUCGAAAAAGCGCAAGGAUGUCUCUUAUAGCAGACUCAACCAAACGGAAGACGAUUCUGUAGAAUUUUCCAACGUUCACUUUCCGAAAGAUAGCACGUCCCUUUGCGCCAAGCUCUGCUUUAGUUUGUUGGCUUUGAUCUUGUUAUUCGCCACUGUGGCCACGGCCGUGUUUAUGAUGAACUUGAAGAAUUUCACGGUGGAAGUUCAAUUGGAGAAAGGCAACGUACGGGUGUAUAGUUUUGACCAGGAGAUGACGGCAAUCACUGGCAACGAGAUCACCACAAGAAAUACGUCCAUUGUUGUCUUUAUGCAUGUGAUUAACAGAACUGAAAGCCAUUGUUGGUUUGGGAUAGUUUUGAGCUUUCCAGAGGACGCAAAAACUAGUCUUAAAUCCAAAGAUUACGUUUUUCUUACCCACGUUAGAAGCGCAGAACUUGGUUAUUUUCAAGACGCUCUUCAAAACCAUUUUAAAGUUUUUGGAAACCGUAAAACCAGCCACGAGCUUUCAUUCUACGUUCAUAACGUCUUGCACCAACUUCUUCCCACUAUCAAAGUCAAACUCUACGAAUUUGUGCUGAGUAAAGUUUCGAGCUCUUCUAGAAAAACUGUGGUGGAAAAACAUGGAUUUUUGCCUGGGCGUGUUCAUGUUAAACAAACGAUGAUUACGAAACGUGAUAUGGUGACUGUCACAGCCCAGGCCGGGCAGGAUGACUUCGAGAAUUUUUCCAGCCUCGAGAAAGGAAAGUCGACCGAGAAGGCGUCGUGGAAACUAACAUACGACGAAACUACUGUAGUGAAUAAGGAAACUGGAAUGGUAAAAAGGAGUGACAUGUCUCUAUCUUGCAACCUUCCAAUCGGCGCUGAUUUCACACCAGAGAGCAAAUCCAGCCGUCUGGGAUUAACUGUGAGAUUUCGAAGCGUUGUGAAGUUGCUAGAUAAGUCUCACGCUAAAGUCAAAACUUGGAAGAGUGCGUCACGAGAAGAGAAAGAUAUCAACUACCUACUCAAUCUUCCUAGUGCAAAAGACUCCUCUCUGAUGUAUUUUGCGCCACCAAAACACAAAUCUAACGAGAGGCUAACAGAGGAAUUAAAAGAGCUUAUGAAACUGAGCAAAACCUCUGUUGGCAGAUCAACGAAACUUCCUUCAAUGAUAAAGAUUGUGCAUCACAAUAUUCCAAAGUCGGUUACUGCGCAAAGGUCGGACGCAGAUGACGAUGAUUACACGAACUUUUAUAGUGAGGACAGUGAUGAUGGUGACGAUAACGAUAAUGAUGAUGAAAAUGAUAACGAUGACGAUAACAAUGGACAAUACUGGCCCCAGCCAGAUUAUGCACCGUUUGGUAUCGGUUAUGAAAUGAAACGAAGAAGGUCUGUAGAAACGAAGAGAUCACAACACACUCAGAGAAAGAAAACUGUCAGAAAUUCACAAAUGGAAAAGAAAACGCCUGAGCUGGAUGUGAUUUGGGAUGAACUUGCUUCUUCUUCCCCAAUGCCCUUGCGCGAGGCCCCCCGUAUUAUACAGACAUCCAUCUUUGGGCUGGAUUUCCGCGCGGAGAUUGACUACCAGGUUGAAACUAACGACGAAGAUGAUAAUGAUGAUGACAAUGGAGAUGAUAACGGUGAAGAUUGGUCAAUAGCUACUAGUUAUCGGGUCACAUUUGGACAGUAUCGCAUGGCACCAUUCACACGAGUUCACACCUUGAAGAAGUUACGGAACAAGUUACCACUCCAAGGAGAACGGAAGAUCAGUCGGUCGACUAUCAACGCUGGAGACUUCGUAAUGUGCGCUCCCUUGUUCUAUAUCCAGCGACUGUGUGCAGCCAUGCGUCUAACAUUUGAUGUGACAGUCACCCGCAGUUUGCCCCGACUGUCCUUUUCAUACCCUGUUGAGAUGACUGUCCGUAUCGGACAGGCAGUCACUACCAACGCCACUUUAUCCGGGCAUGCCUCCACGUGGUUCCAUGAGAGUGGAUUCUUUACAAAAGGAACCGUUGCCAUGGCAACCCUCCCAGUCAGACUGUCAUUUAAAGAGGACACAACACCAGAAUGGUGCAUCAAGGGUAAUCUUGAACAAAAGAUGGUGCGGAUAAACACCAUACCGCUCUCGUCGUGGAACUGCUCGCUGGAUACUACCAAGCUGUCUAACACUUGCAAGGGACUGCCGGCUAAAAACACAUCUUUGCUGACCUUUGAUCUUCAAUAUAGUUCAGCUGAGGGCACAAUGUUUGACAACUGGCACUACCCUAUCAGUUGCACGCAUCGAAAGGAUUUCUCCGCAUACUGAUAAUACGGAUCUUUGGAAACUGAAAUGAGUAUGCUUACAUGAAGCACUAGUCUAGUUCCCUCCCCCUCGUGGGUCACGUGACAGACAUGACACUCGUGUGGUAGGCCAUUUUGUUGUGCCGCUCGGGCGUAUACGGUGCGACGCUCGGUGCGCUAAAAUAAGCUUGUUUUGCGGAGUCUGUUGUCAACCCGCCUGUCGUUGCAGAAACAUUUCAGAGACAAAGCCUUGCCUCAAGGCAGUUAAAUGAUGGCUUUGGUCACGUCUUAUGAAAGACUGUAUGGUGCGAUUUGAGCAGGCACCCAAGUGGACCACCUGGAGCACUCGCCUCAGACUUCUCACUUCUUGAUCCACCAAGAGAACUCCUUUCGGUGUCACAGUGAUUUGGGUAUUCCCGUGUUUUGGGUACCCCGGUACCCAAAUCC